UACAAAAUAAUUUAUAGAAAUAUACUUUUAUAUUUUAGAAAUAUACUAUGAUUUAUUUUAAUGUUUGAUUGCUAACUAGAAACAUAAAUGUUUUUGUCAAGUCUGCUAUGUUUACCGACAAUUAACCAUACUUCCGAAGAAAAAAGUAUCGCUGUUAUUCCUGCGGAUUCCGAAUUCUGCACUUGUAAUGUAUUCUGGAACACGAACGCGCCUUGCAUUCGAUCAACUGUAUAAUUCUUUGUUUACACUUUGAACUAACUGCAGAGACCCCAUGACGACCAAAGCCCCAGCAAACCUGCGUUUGGGCUAUUGCUAGGCAACACUAAACAACACAAGGCCAGCUUCGUUCAAAAUGGACGAGUUUCAAUCAGAGGAGACUGCGUUUGCUGUCGAUGAAAUCACCGACAUCAUCAAAGAAGCGGUGGAGACCACAAUCGGCAAUAGCUCUUACCAGCACAAUCGAAUUAACCAGUGGACAUCGAGUGUGGUGGAGGCUAGCCUGAAUCAGCUGACCAAACUGGGCAAACCCUUCAAAUACAUUGUGACCUGCAUCAUCCUACAGAAGAAUGGGGCAGGGCUACACACCGCCAGCUCCUGCUUCUGGGACAACACAAUGGACGGAAGCUGCACAGUGAAAUGGGAGAACAAGACCAUGUACUGCAUCGUCAGUAUUUUCGGGCUUGCCAUCUGAGGGACCCCACCACCAAGCUUUCUCUGGGGGGUAACCCUGAUCCCAGAGCACCAGAGAUGUUUAUGGUUUUCCUUCCAUCUGGAAAAGGUCAACUGAGGUCAAUUCCAUUUCAGAUCAGAUCAGUCAAUUGAAGAAAUUAAUUGAAAUUCUGUCCCAUUGAAAAUUGACUGAAAAUUGCCCAUAAAGUAUCUGUAAGGAUUACUCAUUACAGGCAUCGGUUACAAUUGACCGAAUUGAACACUGAAUUGAUUGCGGCCCUGAUAACCACGCUAACCAGGCUGAAUGAACAGAGGUUCAGCCCGUUUGGUACUCAUACU